AUGUCACCAUCACGUCGACUACACACUGCCACUUUAUUACCAUCAGGAAACGUCAUGAUUGCAGGUGGUUCCAAUAAAUCGAUUAGUCUAUCGAGUUGUGAGCUCUACGAUCCUCUAUCAAAUAGGUGGAGUACAGCUGCUAGCAUAUCAUCGUCACGUUAUGAACACACUGCCACUUUAUUACUAUCAGGAUCCGUCAUGAUUGCAGGUGGUUCCAAUAAAUCGAUUAGUCUAUCGAGUUGUGAACUCUACGAUCAUCUAUCAAACAGGUGGAGCACAGCUGCUAGCAUAUCAUCGCCACGUUAUGAACACACUGCCACUUUAUUACCAUCAGGAAACGUCAUGAUUGCAGGUGGAUCCAAUAAAUCGAUUAGUCUAUCGAGUUGUGAACUCUACGAUCCUCUAUCAGACAAGUGGAGCACAGCUGGUAACAUGUCAUCACUACGUCGACUACACACUGCAGCUUUAUUAUCAUCAGGAAAAGUCUUGGUCACAGGUGCAUACGAUGAAUUGAGCAGUCUAUCGAGUUGUGAACUCUACGAUCCGCUAUCAAACAAGUGGAAUACAGCUGCUAGCAUGUCAUUACCACGUUAUGAACACACUACCACUUUAUUAUCAUCAGGAAAAGUCUUGGUCACAGGAGGACGCAAUGCAUUGGGCCUUCUAUCGAGUUGCGAACUCUACGAUCCUUUAUCAAAGACAUGA